CUGCGGCAGCACGAGGCGGUGGAGAAGCUCAACAUGCACGCGAUCCUGAGCGCGGCGGCCGGCCGUGAGCAGCCCCUCACCGAGCUGCUGCUCAGCCACGGCAAGAUUCCCGUGCUCAUCGGGGAGCUCAUCACUGUGGAGUUGUGGAAGCACAAGGUCUUCCCGGUGCUGUGCCGGCUGGAGGACUUCAAGCCCGUGAGCACCUUCCCCAUCUACGUGGUGCUGCAUCACGAGGCUUCCAUCAUCAAUCUCCUGGAGACGGUGUUUUUUUACAAGGAGGUGUGCGAGGCGGCCGAGGACGGCGUCCUGGACCUCAUCGACUACUGCCAUCGCAAGCUGACCCUCCUCGUGGCUCGUGGUGCCAGCGGCCGGCCGGCCACGCAGACCCCGCCGGCGGCUCUGCCCGGUCCCUCCUCCGUGCAGGAGCUUCAGGAGCAGGCGGAGACGAUGGAGUUUGAGAUUUCCCUGAAGGCCCUGUCUGUGCUGCGCUUCAUCACCGACCAGGCGGCCAGCUUGCCCCUGAGCGCGCUGACUCGGCUGCUGAACACCCACAACGUGCCCUGCCUCCUGGUCGAGCUGCUGGAGCGCUGCCCGUGGAGCUGCCGUGAGGCAGGCGUCCUCAAGAAGUUCGAGAACGGAGCGUGGCACGUGGUGCCGCCAGAGGACCAGCUCAAGAUGACCAAGCUCGACGGGCAGGUGUGGCUCGCCCUCUACAACCUGCUGCUCAGCCCCGAGUGCCGCCGCAAAUACCACUUUGACGGCUUCAACAAGAGCCAGCUGCUCAAGCUCCGGGCCUUCCUGACGGAUGUCCUGCUCGACCAGCUCCCCAACCUGGUGGAGAUGCAGAGAUUCCUGAGCCACCUGGCAGUGUCUGAGCCCGCUCCCCCCAAAAAGGAUCUCGUCCUGGAGCAGGUUCCUGCUAUCCGGGAGCACCUUCUCCAGAAGAACGCGGGCAAGUGGGAGGCUAUCGCCAAGCACCAGGUGAAGCACAUGUUCAGCCCCACCAUGGAGGAGCUGAGGGUCCAGGCACACAGGUGGGCGCAGACCUACAGCCUGGACAUGAUGGAGGCUCUCGUGCCCGACAAGCCCCGGUGCCGCACGUGCGGCGCCGAGGCGGCCAAGCGCUGCUCGCGCUGCCGCAACGAGUGGUACUGCAGCCGCCCCUGCCAGCUCCAGCACUGGCACAAGCACAAGGCCGCCUGCAAGCUGCUGGUCCCGGGUGACCUGCGCGGGUAGC